AGUUAUAAAACAUAGAGAGAGAGAGAGAGAGAGAGAGAGAGAGAGAAUGGAUCAUGGAGAGAUAAAUGAGGAGUUUGAGUUGAAUGAAGUUAGGGACAACAUAGUGUCCUCUGUUGGAAGUAGGUUGUCUUUGUUCUCUAAAGAGUUUGGCUUUGGAAGGUACAAGUGGGAAACUAGUAGUGCCCUUAAACUCCCAAAGGAUUGCUAUAGAGGCUUUGUCAUUCAUCCUAAUGGAAGGUUGUAUAGGGUAUGGGUGAACAUGAUAUUCUUGUGGUCAAUCUACUCAACCUUCUUCACACCAUUAGAGUUUGGCUUCUUCAGAGGGUUGCCACUGCAUUUGACAGACCUUGAGAGUGUUCAAAUAGUGUUUCUGGCUGAUGUGGUUCUUCAGUUCUUUGUGGCUUAUCUUGAUCCUCAUACUUACAAGAUGGUCCAUGAUAGGAACAGCAUUGCACUCAGGUAUGCAAAAGGGAGUUUCCUUCUAGACUUUCUUGGUUGUUUCCCUUGGGAUUUCAUUUACAAAGUCACAGGAAGAAGAGAAGUCAUCCGCUGCAUGAUAUGGAUACGUUUAUACAGAGCCAGAAACAUAACUCAUUUCUUCAAAAGAAUGGAGAAAGACAUCCGCAUAAACUACUUGUUCACAAGAAUUGUCAAGCUCAUCACUGUAGAAUUAUACUGUACUCAUACUGCUGCUUGCAUUUUCUAUUACCUCGCGACGACAAUUCCUCCUGCCGAAGAAGGUUAUACGUGGAUCGGUAGCCUCACGAUGGGUGAUUACAAGUAUAUCAACUUCCGCGAGAUUGAUUUUUGGACUCGGUAUAUCACGUCCUUGUAUUUCGCCAUUGUGACAAUGGCCACAGUCGGGUAUGGUGAUAUUCAUGCAGUGAACACAAGAGAGAUGAUAUUCAUCAUGAUUUAUAUCUCAUUUGAUAUGAUUCUUGGGGCUUAUUUAAUUGGUAACAUGACUGCUUUGAUUGUCAAAGGAUCUAAGACUGAGAGGUUCAGAGAUAAAAUGACAGAUCUUAUUAAAUAUAUGAACAGAAAUAAUCUUGGUAAAGAUAUAAGAUCACAAGUUAAGAAUCAUCUCAGAUUGCAGUAUGAGAGUACAUACACUAAAUCAAGAAUCCUUGAAGACAUUCCAGUUGCAAUUAGAUCCAAGAUAUCUCAGAAUUUGUAUAUUGAGACAGUGCAGGGAGUGCCACUGUUCAAAGGAUGUUCAGAUGAGUUUCUGAAUCAAAUUGUAAUGAAGUUGAACGAAGAAUUCUUCCUACCCGGAGAAGUAAUAAUCGAACAAGGAAGUGCAGUAGAUCAGAUUUAUAUUGUGUCUCAUGGUGAAUUGGAAGAGGUGGUGAUCGGAGAAGAUGGAACAGAGGAGUCGAUUGCAGACCUCGUUCCUUAUGAUGUAUUCGGUGAGGUUGCAGUUUUAUGCAACAUCCCUCAACCGUACACGGUCCGGGUUUCUGAACUAUGCAAACUUCUAAGGAUGGAGAAACAAUCACUGACAAGCAUUCUGCAACUCUAUUUCAAAGAUAGUCGACAAAUUCUAAGCAAUUUACUCAAAGGAAAAGAAACUGAUUUGAGAAUCAAACAGUUGGAAUCAGACAUAACUUAUCUGAUAGCAAAGCAAGAAGCAGAGUUAGCAUUGAGUGUGAACAGUGCUGCUUACCAUGGUGAUCUCUACCAUCUUAAAGGCUUGAUCAAUGCCGGCGCAGAUCCAAGCAAAACUGAUUACGAUGGAAGAACAGCACUUCAUAUGGCAGCAUCAAAAGGAUAUGAAGAUAUUGUGAGGUUUCUAGCGCAGCGAGGAGCAAACAUCAAUAGCAUCGACAAAUUCGGGAACUCGCCUUUGUUGGAGGCUGUGAAGGGUGGGCAUGACAGAGUUGCGGCAUUGCUGGUGGAGAAUGGAGCAAUUUUGGACAUACAAGAUGCAGGAAGUUACCUGUGCAAAAUAGUGAUUGGCAGUAAAAUCGAAGUAUUAAGGCGAUUACUGGAGAACGGAGUUGAUCCCAACUCGAAAAACUAUGAUCAGAGGACUCCACUUCAUGUUGCAGCUGCCGAAGGUUUACAUCUACUUGCCAAAAUCCUGAUUGAAUUCGGUGCAGAUGUGCUUUCAAUGGACAGGUGGGGGAACACUCCAAUUGAUGAAGGACAAAAAUGCGGCAGCAAACCAUUGAUGAAAAUCUUAGAAGCAGCUAGAGCAACACAUCUGUAAAUUCUGAUGCACUCAAAGCUCACUAGAGUAUUGUUGUACAUAACUAAACCACAAGAUGCAAUGAUAUCCAACAGAAUACUAGAUAGAUACUGGAGAAUCAAGCCGAAUUAUUGCUCUGAACAUUCAUGAAAAAAAUAACUAAUUGUAUUCAAUAAAUGCUUGAAAGAUUGAUUUGUUUA